AUGGUGACCAGUGGCACACUACUCGAUCUGAUCCACCCACAACUCCCUGUGUGCUUGCCAUCUUUCUACAAUUGCUGCAACCACCGGUGUUCCGUGUGGUGCUGUGCGGUGCGGUGCAGUGCGGUGCCAUGCGGUGCUGUCCGGUGUGCUGCGGUUCCAUGCGGUGCACUGCGGUGCCAUGCGUUCUCAGCUGUACCGAGCCGUGCGAUGUGGGCGCUGUGGUGCCGUGCGGAGCACUGUGGUGAGCUGCGGUCCCGUGCGGUGCCUUGCGGUGCGCUGCUGUGCCUUGCGGUGGGCUGUGGUGCCGUGCGGUGCGCUGCGGUGCCGUGUGGUGCGCUGCGUGCGGUGGGCAGCGGUGCUGUGCGGUGGGCAGCGGAGCUGUGCGGUGCCUUGCGGAUAAGCUGUACUCACCCCUCCAUUUCUGCUGAAGCCACCAUUGCAGCUGCCAUUGACUGUGUAAGUGACGCUGGCACCACUGGCACCGCUGCCCACGCUGUUGGUUCUGGACAAAAGGUGUGGCACUUGGCUAUGUCUCACUCCUCCACUGCUGCUGGCACCAGUGCUACUGCGUCCAAUGCGGCUGCCCACGGCGCUCGCUCGGGAUAA